AUGUCAGGAAACGUAUGCGUAGCCCAACUUGCUCCUUUCUGUUAUCUUCUUCUGCUUCUGCUCUCCUCCAUUCUCGAGGCACUUGCAUCCCGUCAAGGUAGUCUUAACACAUAUGCCUACAUUGGGUAUCUCAGAUCUUCAUAUAUCGUCAAGGGAGCCAGCACAUAUCCCGAUGCGGAUGCUCUUGAUCCGCUCUGUCUAGGCUCUCUUUUCAACACAGACUCGCGUGACCUCAACGGAGAAACAGGAAAUUCAUGA